CGAGACUCGCAGCCUUCAAGAUGGGUGACAUCCUCGUCGAGAACACAACCAACCACGUCGCCACGCCAAAGAAGAAUCUUCCUUCAGCCAUCCCCAGUAUUGAGAACUUCGAAGGGGUUCCAACAGAGGGCGGUGAUGACUAUGCGACCCUGAAGCGGCUGCAACGGCAGCUCGAAUACAUCCAGCUGCAGGAGGAGUACAUCAAGGACGAGCAGAGGAGCCUGAAGCGGGAACUGGUCCGGGCGCAGGAGGAGAUCAAGCGCAUCCAGAGCGUACCGCUUGUCAUCGGCCAGUUUAUGGAGGCGAUUGACCAGAACACGGGCAUCGUGCAGUCCAGCACCGGGUCGAACUAUGUUGUCCGUAUUCUCUCGACGCUCGACCGCGAGAAGCUCAAGCCUUCCUCCUCCGUUGCUCUCCACCGCCACUCCAACGCCCUGGUCGACAUCCUCCCGCCCGAGGCCGACUCGUCGAUCGCCAUGCUGGGCGCUGACGAAAAGCCCGACGUGACGUAUGCCGACGUGGGCGGCCUCGACAUGCAGAAACAGGAGAUCCGGGAAGCCGUCGAGCUGCCGCUGACGCACUUCGACCUCUACAAGCAGAUCGGCAUCGACCCGCCGCGCGGCGUGCUGCUCUACGGGCCCCCCGGCACCGGCAAGACCAUGCUGGUCAAGGCCGUGGCCAACUCGACGACGGCCAACUUCAUCCGCGUGGUCGGGUCCGAGUUCGUGCAGAAGUACCUGGGCGAGGGCCCGCGCAUGGUGCGCGACGUGUUCCGCAUGGCGCGCGAGAACGCGCCGGCCAUCAUCUUCAUCGACGAGAUCGACGCGAUCGCGACGAAGCGGUUCGACGCGCAGACGGGCGCCGACCGCGAGGUGCAGCGCAUCCUGCUCGAGCUGCUCAACCAAAUGGACGGCUUCGACCAGACGUCCAACGUCAAGGUCAUCAUGGCCACCAACCGCGCCGACACGCUCGACCCGGCCCUGCUGCGCCCGGGCCGCCUCGACCGCAAGAUCGAGUUCCCCAGCCUGCGCGACCGCCGCGAGCGCCGCCUCAUCUUCACCACCAUCGCCAGCAAGAUGAGCCUGGCCCCCGAGGUCGACCUCGACAGCCUGAUCGUGCGCAACGACCCGCUCAGCGGCGCCGUCAUCGCCGCCAUCAUGCAGGAGGCCGGCCUGCGCGCCGUGCGCAAGAACCGCUACAACAUCAUCCAGUCCGACCUGGAGGACGCCUACAGCAGCCAGGUCAAGGGGACGAGCGAUGAGAACAAGUUUGAUUUCUACAAAUGAGUUUGGGCCCGAAUCGUGGAGGGACGGGUUGGGUGGUCUUACCCAGAGAUGGGGUAUCGAGUUCCGCACCGGCAAACUGUCGUACCACAGGGGGCGGGUUGGCUGGUAAGGGGGUUCAGCGGGGGACGCUGUACGAUCGUAUUGUCUGCCCAUACAUAGAACGAACCAAGUUCACCGUCGACUCCGCAGGCCAAGCAGCCUCAACUCACUCAGGCGUAGCGCCGCUGGUGACAGACGUAUCUCAUCAGUUCCCGAGAUGCCAGCUCUCUUGGUCCUAUGCCACUCCACCACCUUGCUUCGGUGUGUGGGUGCGUAGCUAGUGUAAUCCUACUAUCCUACAAGCAACAGCCGCCCGCCCCUGUGUAUCGCCCUCCCCAUACCCAAGUCUAACAUCGUCCACGUCUGCUGCCG